UCCUCGGGACCCCGCUCCGGCCGGGACUUUCCGGCGCGCCCCCGCCCCCGCCCCCGCCGGCCGGGUCUCCCCGGGGCCUACGCGCACGGGCCGCGCUUCUGCGCUUGCGCUGGGGCCGGCGGGGCCCGGGGUCUCGGGGGCGGGAACCCGGCUGCCCCCCGCCGCAGCCCCGCCACGAGCUGCCCCACACUCGGCGUGUCGGGACCCAGAGCCGCGGGGCCGGCAGGAACUGUAUUUUAAGAACCUUAUAAAACGGAAAAAAAAACAAGUCAUGGAGAAGAAUGGAGAUAACCGAAAGCUCCGGGUUUGUGUUGCUACCUGUAACCGUGCAGAUUAUUCUAAACUUGCCCCGAUCAUGUUCGGUAUCAAGACGGAACCUGAGUUCUUUGAACUUGAUGUGGUGGUACUCGGCUCCCAUCUGAUAGACGACUAUGGAAACACGUAUCGCAUGAUUGAGCAAGAUGACUUCGACAUAAACACCAGACUACACACAAUCGUUAGAGGGGAAGAUGAGGCCGCCAUGGUGGAGUCAGUAGGCUUGGCUCUAGUAAAACUACCAGAUGUCCUAAAUCGCUUGAAGCCUGACAUCAUGAUUGUUCACGGAGACAGGUUCGAUGCCCUGGCACUUGCAACAUCUGCUGCCUUAAUGAACAUCCGAAUCCUUCAUAUUGAAGGUGGGGAAGUGAGCGGGACCAUUGAUGACUCCAUCAGACAUGCCAUAACGAAGCUGGCUCACUAUCACGUGUGCUGCACGCGAAGCGCCGAGCAGCACCUCAUCUCCAUGUGUGAGGACCACGACCGCAUCCUCUUGGCGGGCUGCCCUUCCUAUGACAAACUUCUGUCUGCCAAGAAUAAAGACUACAUGAGCACGAUUCGGAUGUGGCUAGGUGAUGAUGUGAAGUCCAAAGAUUACAUCGUCGCACUACAGCACCCUGUGACCACAGACAUCAAGCAUUCCAUUAAGAUGUUUGAACUGACAUUGGAUGCGCUUAUCUCGUUUAACAAACGGACCUUAGUUCUGUUUCCGAAUAUCGAUGCAGGGAGCAAAGAGAUGGUCCGAGUGAUGCGGAAGAAGGGCAUCGAACACCAUCCCAAUUUCCGUGCAGUUAAACACGUCCCAUUCGACCAGUUCAUUCAGCUGGUUGCCCAUGCUGGCUGUAUGAUAGGGAACAGCAGCUGUGGGGUACGCGAGGUUGGAGCUUUUGGAACACCUGUGAUCAAUCUGGGAACACGUCAGAUUGGAAGAGAAACAGGACAGAAUGUCCUUCAUGUCCGGGAUGCUGAUACACAAGACAAGAUCCUGCAAGCACUGAACCUCCAGUUUGGUAAACAGUACCCUUGUUCAAAGAUAUAUGGGGAUGGAAAUGCUGUUCCAAGGAUUUUGAAGUUUCUCAAAUCUAUUGAUCUUCAAGAGCCACUACAAAAGAAAUUCUGCUUUCCUCCAGUGAAGGAGAACAUAUCACAAGACAUAGACCACAUUCUUGAAACCCUAAGUGCUUUGGCUGUUGAUCUUGGUGGGACAAAUCUCCGAGUUGCAAUAGUUAGCAUGAAGGGAGAAAUAGUUAAGAAAUAUACUCAGUUCAACCCUAAAACCUAUGAAGAAAGGAUUAACUUAAUCCUGCAGAUGUGUGUAGAAGCCGCAGCAGAAGCUGUGAAACUGAACUGCAGAAUUUUGGGCGUAGGCAUUUCCACUGGUGGUCGUGUAAACCCCAGGGAAGGAAUCGUGCUGCAUUCAACCAAACUAAUUCAGGAAUGGAACUCUGUGGACCUCAGGACCCCUCUCUCUGACACUUUGCAUCUCCCUGUCUGGGUGGACAAUGAUGGCAACUGUGCCGCCCUUGCAGAAAGGAAAUUUGGCCAAGGAAAAGGCCUGGAGAACUUUGUGACACUGAUCACUGGCACAGGAAUUGGUGGUGGGAUCAUCCACCAACACGAGUUGAUCCACGGAAGCUCGUUCUGUGCUGCAGAACUUGGCCACCUUGUUGUGUCACUGGGUGGGCCCGAUUGUUCCUGCGGAAGCCGUGGUUGUAUUGAAGCAUACGCCUCUGGAAUGGCCUUGCAGAGGGAAGCAAAAAAACUACAUGAUGAAGACUUGCUCCUGGUGGAAGGGAUGUCAGUGCCAAAAGAUGAAGCGGUGGGUGCACUCCACCUCAUCCAGGCUGCAAAACUGGGCAAUGCCAAGGCCCAGAGCAUCUUGAGGACAGCUGGAACAGCUUUGGGCCUUGGGAUUGUGAACAUCCUCCACACUAUGAAUCCUUCCCUUGUGAUCCUGUCUGGAGUCCUCGCCAGCCACUACAUCCACAUUGUCAAAGACGUCAUCCGCCAGCAAGCCUUGUCCUCAGUUCAGGAUGUAGAUGUGGUGGUUUCCAAUUUGGUAGACCCUGCCCUCCUUGGUGCUGCCAGCAUGGUUUUGGACUACACAACUCGCAGGAUCUACUAGACCUAUCUAGAGGAGACAUGGAUGAAGACUCAAGAGCUGCCUUUUAGAGGAACAUUUAUUGACAAGCAAAUUUGGUAUUUGGUGGGGGACUCUACAGAGAAGUCUGUUUUAAUCUCUUCUAUAGCUCUGCUCCCCAACUUUUGUAGAUGCUACCCUUUCUGGGGUCAUGUCAGCUCAAACAGUAUGUGUUAGUUAGUUCUGUGCCAAAGUGAACUAGAGUCAUAGACGAGGGAGGCUCUGCUUCCUAGAUGUACCACUUGAGAUCUGCAGGCAUCGCUCAGAGGAGGAACUUGACGCGGGAGCUUGGAUUAGCACUCGCUCUUCUGCUGACCCUAAACUCAAGACUGCAGAAAAGGACUCCACAGGGCGCAGAAGGGAAUCUCAUCAUGAAAGGCUUAAGGAAAAAAAAUUUGAACAGUUUUAUUGGGGUGUUUUUUAAAAUGUACAAUUUGAUAAUGUUCAAGUAUGUAUAUACCUAUGAAAUAGUAACCAUGAUCAAGACACUUCUCUCCCAAAAAGUCACCUGUUGAAAGAUGUUAAGACUACAGCAGGACUGGAAGCAACUUUAGGCCAGGAGUCACAGUGGCCUUCUUACUUUCUUCCAGACAGCUGAAAAGUCACCAUGAGCUGUAGCCUCUGAAAGGCUAGCAGUCUCCAAAGACCUUGGCUACCGACAAGCAGCACCCCUCCCUCAACAGCAGCUCACAGUAUGUGGAGGAGGCCUGGAGCGUCUAUUAAGGCAGAGCUUGUGUGGGUCACACUUAAGAGCUCACAUUGCUGAGUCUGCUCUGGCUCAGUAAAGUUCUGUGCUGGAUGCAAAGACCAGAACUGCUACCAGCCACGGUGUGGAAGGGAUUCUAGCCGCUUCCGUUUAUCAAGUGCUUGCUGGGUGUCUCACUGCACCCGGUGCUUCGUAGAGAUGACUGUGAACUCUUAGUCUGUGAAGCAGGUAUUUUAACUCCCAUGUAAUAGAUCCCAAACUAAGAUUCGUGUGUAUGUGUGUGAUAGACCUAAAGCUUAUGACUAAAAUUAAGUCUUAGAGACAGACAGGGCUUGAGCCCAGGUUCCUUUCUGCUGUUACUGCUAAGGCAUACAGCCUUUUAUUUCAAACCUUUCAUCUGUGAAUAUUAUAAUUCACUAUCGGCCAUCAAAAGCUUUAAUAAGAAUAUCUCAUUUGCAGAUGACUUGAUAUAUUCUUGAUCUUCUCUGUGGUUAUCAAAUAUUCCUCUACGCUGUGGAAAUUCUGUCAGUCCAGUAUUUAGUAUCGAGUUCCAUGAGUACUUUGAGAUGAUCUGAAAAAGCGUUUUUUUUCCCUCAGAUUAUUCUAGCAAAACUCAAGUUCUACAAUAUACUGUUUCAGUGUUAGCAUAGAAAAGUGGAAGAAUCUAUGACUGCAUUUGAACUGCUUUCUUCGAGCCAGGUUCAUGUAAGAAAGGCUGACUGACUUCCAGAACCCUACCAGCCCCGAAAUGAACUCCAGGUUCUGGUUCUGUUCACAUUCCUUGUUGCUCCCGGGGAAGAAGCUCGUUUGCCUGGCCAUCAGUGUCUGUGACAGGAUGUGUCAUUGGUUGCUCCUUGGUGAAAUCUUUAAUGACUCUACUUUAGACAAUUGCAUUGCUACGUUUCUUACCAAAUACUUGGAAGGGUGAUAACUGGAUCUAAAAACCAAAUCUUGGGUUUUAUUAAAUUCAAGGAAAGGCUAAUAUAGUCCAAUGUAAUUUCAUAAUCACACCUUAAUUUAUUUUAAUGUGAACAUUUUGUUAUUGUGGAGAUAAAUUCUAAAGAAAAAAUACACUUCCUUGUGGAAAUUUUGUAUUUUGUUUUAUUUUUAAUUGGCUAAAAACAUUUCCCUUCUUGAAGACAUUCGUAUGAUCGCUUACUUUUUUGAAAAGUCAUAUAACUUGACAUCUAUCAGUAAUACUGAUUUCUCAACAAGAAAACAGAAGGCAUUGUUAUAUAUAACAUUUAAAAUUUGACAUAAUAAAGCAAAGUUUGAAACCAAA